GACAGCGGGCACCAGAUCAGGUACCUGAUCGUCUGGAUCAACAGCGGGCAUUGAGUCAACUGGCCUAAUAGGAUCAUCAGGCUGGAUCAGUUCAUCAUGCUGGGUAGAGGCAUCAGGCUGAAUGGAGGCAUCAGGCUGAGUAGAGGCAUCAGGCUGAGUAGAGGCAUCAGGCUGAGUAGAGGCAUCAGGCUGAAGAGAGGCAUCAGGCUGAAGAGAGGCAUCAGGCUGAGUAGAGGCAUCAGGCUGAAUAGAGGCAUCAGGCUGAAUAGAGGCAUCAGGCUGGGUACAGGCAUCAGGCUGGGUACAGGCAUCAGGCUGGGUACAGACCUCAGGCUGAAGUGCGGAUGGCAGGCUCACCGGUUUGGAUACUGGCAGGAUGGUAUUGGUUGGAAAGAAUUUUCGCUUUUUUCUGGUUUUAACUACUGGAGCACUGCAAGUAAACGCAGGUCUGCAAACGAAUGGAGCAGCUGGAGACAGAGAAGAGCUGGAGGAUGGAACAGGGGAGGGAGCAGUUGCUACAGAGGGCUUUUUUACAGGGUUAAAGGCAGGAUAGGUGCAGCGAGUGGGAACAGGGUACUGACAUGCAGUAGAUAGCAGGGCAGGAGGAGCUGUUGGGAAUACAGGAGUAGAGCUUUGAGGAAAUAGAUUAGAAGCAGGACUGGGUUUUUGUAAGCUGACUGAGGCUGGGUGCAACAAAUCUGUCCAUGUCUGCAGUAUGGGUUUGAACAAAGCUGAGCUUACACAAAGCCUGUCUGACCAAAGACUGCACUGCGUUUAUACAAUCUCUUAGUGUCUGUGGUGAACAUGCAGAAUAACGCUCCAGAAAGUAAUCCACAUCAUCCUCUAAUAACCAUACCAGGGACUCUACCUGGUCGGCACUAAAUGGCGGCAAAAAUUCAUCCCUGCAUUCGGGGGUACCAGAUGAAACCAACUCCGCACAAACCUGAAUCAAUGGCUGCACCUCAGAGAAUUCUGUGCCCUGAUCUACUAGAACAUGAGCGAGCCGUAUACAUUCUAGCAGUUCAUCCCUGGAUACUCCUUCAGAGUCUGAUAAGCAUACUCUCUGUCAUCAAACACUAGCAGAUAUAAAUACACAACCUCAUCAAGAUCCAUCCUUCCCAU